AUGUCUCGCAUCUGGAACCAAGUCUUCGAUCAUCUGCGGCACCAGGCCGAAUUCAACCCAGAAUGGCGAACCACACCAUUGUGGGAAUACUUUUUCAACAAAUCUACAUUCGCCCAUGACCGUUUCAUAGAAGGCGAUCGGAGGCGUGUCGACCUUGUCGUCGAGACGAUGGGCAUCAGGGAAUGGGAGCCUUUGCUCUUUGUGGAGGCUAAGCGGACAAUGGCUUCGGUUGACGACAUCACAACUGUGGAAUUCCAGGCGUUCACUGCCGCCUGUGCAUGCUCCGUCCAGAACAAAUUCCGCCCUGUUUGGGCGAUGACCAUCGUCGGCAGCAAGGCACGGCUGUGGACAUACUCCUUUGAAAGCGACUAUCUCAUUCCAUUUGAGCCCAAAGGCCAAGGCUUAUCAACAUUGGGUGAAUACCUGGAGCUAUCUACCGAUGGCCAGAGAAUUGUCAACGCUUUGGGGUACAUAGAGCGGAACCCAAUACCCCCGGACCACUUGCUCAAGGCGCCCUCAACCCCCAGGCCAGCCAACCCACAACUGCCCCCUGACUGGCACGCCGACGAAGUUGACAUGGCGGAUGAAUAUCGCAUGGUGACCCUCAGGCCGGCCCUUCAGAGCAGUAUUAUGGCUAAGAUGACCUGUAAGAAGUGGAAGUGA